AUGAAGCAUCUUUUACACCGCCCAAUCAAGCUUACUCAGGAGAAAAGAAAAUUGUUAGACUACGCCCAAGGUUUGAAAGCUAUCAUAGCUGAGUUGUUGGCUACUUUCUUAAGUACCCAGAGAAAGUGGAGGAGGUCGUAUACGAAUUUUGAUCUGCAAGGAGACUGGGUGACGAAAGGUGGAGGAUACGUCAACACGAUAUAGAAUAUGGUUUUCAGCUUGGAUCAUUAAAUGAAAUCGAACUUUUGAAUACAGCAGCGUCGUGGCAUUUGAAAUUCAAGAUUCUGUAAGAGCUCAAAUUAUCUACGCCCUGCGAUCCCCCGCUUCUGAUUGAGAGAUUUAAGUGGUCAUGCCUAAACACAGGGUUUGUCGAUAGAGACCUCGCAAGAGAUAAUCAUGCUGCGGCAGACGCAGUGCAGAUUACUGUACAUCGUGGAUGUCGAGAUAUAGGGUUCAUUUGCGAUGUCCGAUAGUUCCGGGGGCGUCGAGAAAGUGUAUGCGGCAAACCAUAAUUAGAACAGUAAGAAAUAUGCGAUCGCAUUCCGUAUACCAAGUACCGAUACAUUUUUGUGCGGCUUGCGACGAGGAUACCCGUCAAAGUAUCGAGGUAUUUUAAAGUCUCUAAGCAUAAUGUCGAGUUUCUAGUAGCGCGAACAACUUCCAGUCAAUCUUUGCUAUGUGGCAUUGGCUGGAACACUACUGGACAAGAACUGACUGGAAACUGAAGACAAUACGUACCACGCAGUGAAUUUUAGUGCGUCCUCUUCUUAAGCUACAAAUUCUGGUAAUCUAAUUUACAGCAUGUUUGACAUACCAUAAUCAUUGAAUUCCCCACUGGCCU